GAUCUCUCAUUUACGAUGAGCAGGUUUAUGUCCUCACGAUCAACCAACCUGAUCAGCAGCUCAACUGGCACAAGCAGCAAGAACCUGUCUCGCAAAAGGAAAGUCAGCUCUGCAGUAUACCAGCUGCAGUACCAUGAUCAGCCAGGCCACGAUAAGAAUGCCAGGGAGGCUCACAGUCAGACAGAGAAACGACGCAGGGAUAAGAUGAACAGCUUCAUAGAUGAGUUGGCUUCAUUAGUGCCUACAUGCAACACUAAAUCCCGCAAACCGGACAAACUCUCAGUCUUGCGAAUGGCAGUCCAACACAUGAAGACUUUACAAAGUUCUACUGCCAAACUUCACACAGACGUUAACCACAAACCUACAUUCCUAUCUGAGGAGGAGCUAAAACACUUAAUCCUGAGGGCAGCUGAUGGCUUUCUGUUUGUUGUUGAUUGUGAUCGAGGAAAAAUACUGUUUGUUUCUGAAUCAGUGGACAAUAUCCUAAAUUAUAGCAAGAAUGACCUGAUUGGCCAGAGCCUGUUUGAUUACUUGCAUCCUAAAGACAUUGCAAAAGUCAAGGAGCAACUGACUUCAGCUGAUAUCACACCAGGAGAGAGAUGCAUCCAUGCAAAAUGUGGUCUUUCAGUGAAAACUGACAUGAACUCAUGCUCUUUGAGACUUUGUUCUGGGGUGAGACGCUCAUUUUUCUGCAGGAUGAAGUGCAACCGAUCCCUGCUAAAUAAGGACGAGGAUGAUUUUUCCUCCACCUGCCUGAAAAAAAAUGAGGAGCAUAAGGGCUUCUGCACCAUUCAUAACACUGGGUACUUAAAAAGCUGGUCUCCUGCUGAGGUGGAUCUGGAUGAAAAUAACCAGCUUGACAUUGACGGAUGUCACUCAAGCUGUCUGGUGGCUGUUGGCCGGUUGCAUCCCCACACUGUUUCUCAGCCAGCACUGUAUGACAUCAAGGUCAAGCCGAUGGAGUUCGUUUCACGUCAUGCUAUUGAUGGGAAGUUUGUCUUUGUAGAUCAAAGGGCCACUGCUAUUUUGGCUUACCUUCCUCAAGAGCUGCUGGGAACGUCCUUUUAUGAAUACUGUCAUGAAGAUGACAUUGCCCAUUUAGCAGAAUGUCACUGGCAAGUGCUGCAGAUGAGAAAGAGGAUCAAUACGAAGUGCUACAAAUUGAAAAUAAAAAAUGGCUCAUUUAUCACACUUAGAAGUCACUGGUUCAGUUUCUUAAAUCCCUGGACAAAAGAGGUGGAGUACAUUGUCUCCACCAACACUGUAGUCACGUAA